ACUUGACCGUUACGACGACUCGAACGAUGGCCACGAAAGAGGAGUGAUAGUUUCGUUUCCCAUUCAGUGUUUUUCUCUCCGAUCCAAAACCCUAGCGAGGUUCCGGUUGUUCCCGUGGCCGUAAUCAACGCGUAUCACAUCUUCCUGAUUAUCUGAGACGCGACGGAGAUAAUUUAACUCAGGAUCGUCUUAUUUGUUGAUCGUAUAGACUAAUUCGGCUCGCGUCUUCUCGAUUUUGCCAACGUUGCUGUGAAAUUGCGUUACCGUUCCCAAUUUUCAACUCCUGAAAUCUCGUGAGAAGUCAACACCUUUACAGAUUACUGAGGAGAGAUUAACUGCCCCGUAUGGUCAGCUUGUCCGUAUAUCUUACACUGAUCUGAAGAUUGUUUAUUUGUAACUUAUUUCGCUUCCGGGAUGAAUAAUUUGUUGCAGAUUUACAGUGAAAGCGAGACAUGUUCUACAUGAAAGCACAGACAUAAUUUUGAGCAUUUGGAUAUAAUUUUUUUUUCUUGCAUUCUAUCCUUUCAAAGAAACUCCUUUUUAACAUUCCUUGUCAUGGACGCUCCCAAUCCCAAGCGACCUUGCCUUGCCCCUUUGGUUACCUACUCCAUAGAAAACCCUUUUUCCCUCCCUAUUGCUCCAGAUUUCAACCAAAGCAACAUUGAUAUGACUAUCUCUUCUUUCCUUUCGUUGUCCGACUUGCCUUUGUUCUCCUCACCGCUCUCCAUAGGAUGCUCUUUUGAUCGAGUGCUUGAUAAAGUCAUCCCCUCAGCAGCUGGAACUUCCCGUGAUGAAUUUGAUCAGGAUCGUUUCCUGGAUCGUACUCUCCAACUCGCAUCGCUUCUUUACAAGUCCACCAAACGUUGCAUAAGGAAACGUGCCACCCUCCAAAAUUCCUCAUCCUGGCCUCUCCUCCCUGAACUAACCACUAAGGUCUUUUCAAUGCUUGAUACGAAGUCUCUCAUGCAAGCUUCUGCAUGUUGCACGAUGUUCAACAAAUGUGCCAUGGAUCGUGUAUGUUACUCCCACAUCGACCUGACAACGGCUGUCGAAGAUGUUGAUAAUGGAGUUGUGUGCGUAAUGAUCCAUCGGGCUGGAAAAGAACUCAGAUCCCUCAAACUUGGUUCUAUUUCUUCCUCAGCUGGAUUUACUACAUCUUCGCUGACAAGAUCCUGUCUUACCCCACUAACUUUUAACCAUGGUUUUGCUGGGGGUCAUUUGAGAAGCCUACACCUUUACCAUCUCAGAAUGAUGGAUUGCGAGUCCUUAUCUCCUGUGUUGUCAGCUUGUUUAAAUCUCACUGAUUUGAAGAUUGUUGGACUUAUUCAAGGAAGCAGGUACAAUCCACUUGAGCAGUUAGGUUUACUCACGAGAAAUUGUCGCUUGUUAGAGCACCUGUUCAUAGAGAUAUAUGGUGCAGCAGGCCUUAUAACAGAUUCAAGCUUGUUAGAGUUUGUGGAUAAUUGCCCCAACUUAAUUUCGCUAUCGCUCCUAUGUUUUAUGCUAAAGGGCGCAAUAUUACAAAAAUUAAUUAAGGGUUUUCGUCAACUAAAGUACAUUAAUCUGUCGAAGUCGCCUGAAAUUAGUGGUUGUUUUUUCAGGGGUUUGGAACUUUGCUGCAAAGAUAGUCCACUGGAGACUUUGAUAUUGCGCGACUGCUAUACUUUAGAGGAGAGAGAAGUUUUGCUGUUCUUGAAUUCAUUACUCGCCGGAGACUUCAAAUCCAUUCGGCUCAUUGACGUAUCAAACGUCAACGGUUUAGUUUGUGAUGGAGGCAAUAGAACUUUUGAACCAAGAUUUCCUAUUGAGGAGCUGAAAAAACAAAGAUCAGAUGUCACAUUAGUGGCAAUUUUUGAAUCACAAUCAUCAUUGUCAUCAUCAAGCUCAGGGGAGGUAUAUUCAGAUGGCACCUCUUCUUGGAGUUCUGAUCAUAGCAGGGAGGAGGAAGAGCAUGAUAUCGACUUGGACUCUAUAUAAAUUCAAAGUCCCCCAUAAUUUUUUUCCGGUACCCAGAGAGGUCUCCGAGAAUCUUGAAUCGUUUGUCUUCUUCCUUCUAAUCUUCUCCAUUAAGUGGUAGUUAUGCUAAUGGAUUUGUCCAAGAAUUUGUGAAAUCCGCCUUCUUAUAUUCAAACAAACUCUGUUAUAACGG